GUGAAGCACAUGCGCAUCACAGAACCUCUUGCUUUUCAUUUGGCACCCUGCAAGUUGGACAUACAUCCAAUGAGUUUGCCUGCAGAAUCACAUUGGUGUUCAUUCAUGGACAACAACACCAUCAAUUUCCAUCAUCAACUGGGGCCGAAAUAACCACUAUCGCUGCUUUGUACCUGUUGUGGAAGUCCCAGAUACGUCGGAAUACCAAACACGAUCAUAUCUGGAUUAAUAAUAUCGUUUGGAGCUACAAACAGCUCAUUGAAUUUUACCGCCUUCCAAAGGAACUGCAUCUGGAUGACUGCCAGGCUUCAGUGAAAUUGCCAGAGCUGUAAGAUGUCGAUGGUAUUGUUCGCCUCUGUGGUUCGGGUCGGGGAUGGCCUUCCUCUCUCUGCAUCCACUGAUUAUGAGCAGGACAAAGAGCUUCAGGAAACCAAGAAGCACCUCAAGGGUCUCUCCAAGAAACUCAGCCAGUUCCCUGACCGCUGCACACUUAAGACUGGGCCGUACAAUGUCAAUUUUACGAGCGCACUGGGUGUUGGAUACCUGAUGGUGUGCACCGCAAACUACCCCAAUGUGCUGGCCUUCUGCUUCUUGGACGAGCUCCAGAAAGAGUUUAUCGUCACCUAUGACACAAAAAGAAUCCGCAGCGCUGUGCGGCCGUACUCCUUUAUUGAAUUUGACACCUUCAUACAGAAAACCAAACAGCGCUACAACAGCCCACGUUCCCUGUCCACCAAAAUCAACCUGGCUGACAUGCAGACAGAGAUCAAGCUGCGACCGCCCUACCAGCUCUCUCCUGAGGACCUGCGGGCUAUCAAUGGAUUCUCUGUGCACACGCCCUCUAAGUACAAAGGCAUAGCUCCCACACAGAUGUUGGAGCCAGUGACUCUUCCUGGCAUCGUGUCCUGUGUGCUCAGUAUCCUCUGUGGAGGCCUGAACCUGCUGCGAGGUGUCCACGCUAUAGAGAGCAUACUGCAGAACGACGACGAAGACUUUAAUUAUGUGAUUGCCUUCUUCCUCGGCACAGCAGCCUGUCUGUAUCAGUGCUACCUGUUUGCCUACUUCUCUGUCUGGAGGAACAGCAAGUCCUUCCUGGCGUUUGCACUCAUCUGUCUGUCCAACAUGUAUUUGUAUGAACUGAGGAACAUGUGGCAGAUCCUCUUCCAUGUGGCGGUCGGGGCCUUCAUGACCCUGCAGAUCAAACUGAGGCAGCCGCUGGGCAAAGCACCAGACUACAAUGUCUGACAAAGACCUUAAACACAAAGAACAAAUGGGCCUUCAGUCUCUCACAUGUCCUGGAAAUACAGCGGAGACAGCACUGGGGACAAAGUGGAACCAAAAAAAUAAAAAAACAGUCCUCCCACUUCAGGAAGAAAAACCAAAAAAAUCUUGCUUCUCUCCAUCGCAGCAUCAAUGGACAGAUCUCAGUGUAAACUGGAGGAAACUCUGCCUGAAUCGUUUAGGAUUUUAUUGGAUUGAUCUGCCAUCAUCGGAUAAAGAUAUUUGCUUUUACUUCCUUUUAGCGCAGCCAUAGUUUGGGUCAGAGUCCUGCAUGUGUCCAGUUUAGCAAAACUUGUACUCUUCUUGCACCUGCAAAGCUAAGUAUUGAAACUGACCUGUUAUUUUUUAACAUGCAACCCAACUUAUAACAGAAUACCCAGGCUAUACACUCGCACUUCAGUUGUUACCAGGAAUGCAUCGUGCAAAUAUGAAACCUUCCAGUAUCAGACUUCCAGGUGUUUUGUUGUUUUUACCCAAAAAAGCAACAAAAACAUGUUAUUUCUCUUACCUGUGGUGCUAUACUAGAAAGACAAAUAGGUCCUUCAUGCUCACAACAAGAUCUAUGAAUUAUCUAGAGUAACUGGGUCAUGAUAAGAAGGCAGACAUCUCUACAGCAGACGUCCACAGCACUCUGCAACUCAAACAAAACAGUCCAGAUGGGUAGGUAGAACUUAAGAUAAAAAAAAAUAUAUAUAUAUCAUUGAUUUUGGGGUAAACUGUCCCUUUAAGAAUUUGAUGGAUGACAGCUUUCUGUAGUGGAGCUACAGACACACUUCUGGUUGUACCCACACAUUGUUAAGAUUAAAUAUUCAGCCCUAUUAUUUCCAUGAGUCCAGCCAACAACUGAUCUAGGCUAAUACUCAGCUAAACACAUGUUUAACUGGAGGUCAACACAUACUCAUCUCUAUUUUAUGUAAACUGUUAGGACUGACACAAAUACUUUUGUAAAUAUGAACGUGAAAAGGUUGCAAGACUGGACAAUUUCAAUUUCUUGUACAGUUUUCCUCUCUCCCGUUUGCAUCACAGACAUCCAGUUAAUCCUGCUUUUUUAUUUGUCUGUUACAUGCACUUUUUUGCACAUGCACUUGUGCGUCCCUGACCUGGUGCAGGACUCUGGUUUUGGUCUUUGUUUAAAACUAUGCAAUGCUGCCUUGUGUGCAUGGCCCUCAUUUCAGAUGUUGUAUUCUGUAUUCAGGAGCCAGUGACCACAUGUUAUUUUGCAGAUAUUUGUCAUUUUGUAGACCGUUAAUUUAGUUAUUUAUUACUGACGAUGCGUGGUCAUGUGGAAAUAUGUUAUCAGUUUAAUUUGUUUUUUUAACGAUUGCUCCAUUUUUUAUGCAAACUGGCAUCUAGUUGUCACCAAGUAAUUCCUGCUCCUGUAGACACAAACAGUCUGUUAGCAUUCAUAUCCUACUUCCUCACCCACACAGCCUCAAGCGUAUGCCAGUGUCAAGUGACUAUGUUAAUAAACAGGUCUGUGUUGGCAGCAGUAAAGAUCCGUAGCUUUGCUGUUGAAGCCAGAGGCAGCUCGUAUCAUCUGAGCAGCCUGUGGCUCCUUCCACCGAGCCCCUCGGCUCUGUCUGCCAAUUACAAAGACAAAAAACAUUUACCAUCAUUUCAGUCAGGAGAUGCCACAUGCAUCGUGAUUAGGCGGUGUGCGAUUUGUUCUGGGAAUUAUGGGAAGAUAUUCUGACUUCCUGCAUCAUCCAAACAAAUAAUAGCAAACAACUGUAGAAGGGUAGAAAGUUGAGUCAUGCCUUUAUUGUUCAUUGUUCAUGCGUUGCUGUGCCAGUAUUGUCCUUUUCACUCUGGAAGAAGUUAAAAGCCAGUAUAUGAGUACAGUUACGCAGCUCCACUCCAUGUCCAUCUGGCAUCUACACUACAGAUCUGUCAGGGGAGCGCUGCAACACUUUAGCUUCAUAUGAUUCAUCAUCAUGCUUCUCUGAAUGUUCUUUUGCUUUCCAGCAGUGGUACCACACCUACAUGACCUAAUGGCUCUUUUUCACAAUAUGGCUCCGACUCAAUUGGAUCUGAGUUGAGCUCCUCUGGCUCAGAUUGUUUGUGUUCACAUUCUCCUUUUACAGCAAAUGUGUAGUGGGUGUGUUGUGUAAAAUAGAAACAGUGAAAGGCUUUUAUAAUAGUUUAUGGAAAAUGAAUGUGAUCAUUUCCAGGUCUUGAAAACUUGGGAAUGAACUCCUGAAAAUGUAUUGUACACAUUUUUUUCACAUUUUAAUUUGUUUUAUUUUGAGUGUUAUAUCACACCUUUUAAAGUUUCCCAGUCAUGAUUAGAAUGCAAAAAAAUAUUAUGAACAAUUAUCUCUAAUGUUGGAAUUCAAAAAUGGGUUGGAUUUACACUGGAUUUAAAACAUAUCAGAGACCAGAAGUGCUUGAACUUUGUGCAUUUUCUGCUGCACAUGAAGACACAUUGAUUCGCCAUAAUGUGAUCUGGUCCUCUUCAGUCCACUUGAAACAUAUCUACUCCUGUAUGAGGAUUGAUUGUCUCUGAGCUCAACUAUGGAACAUUAAACAUUAAAGAAAUCUGGGACAUUACAAUGAUAUCCACUCCUUAAAA